AAUACACCCUUCAUUAAACACAAAGCCAUACUCAGUCAGACCAUUGGUGUUAUAUUGCUUUUUAUUAUCCCGACGGUAAUAAAAUUAGAAAGCAGAGGUUAGUGGCGGAGGUGGCAACACUGUCAACACUGAAGAAGGGGGAGGAGAAUAACUAUUCUUGAGUCUGCUGCUGGUGUAAGAGAUGCGGUCGUUGUGGGUGAUAGCUCUGGUGGCGGUGGUGGUGGUGGUGGAGGGCCAGGACUACGCUCUCUCGGACAAGUUCAUUAGACUCCUGCAGAAUGAGCCCUCGACUUGGAAGGCCGGGCGGAACUUCAACAAGCACCUGUCCAUGCGCUACAUCCAGAGCUUGAUGGGGGUGCACCCGGACUCGAAGAAGCACCUGCCGCCACCCCUCACGCGCCCCGUCACAGACCCCCUGCCCAAGGAGUUUGAUUCCCGCACCGCCUGGUCACACUGCCCCACCAUCAAUGAAGUGCGCGACCAGGGCUCCUGCGGGUCAUGCUGGGCUUUCGGGGCGGUGGAGGUGAUGAGUGACCGCACUUGCAUCCACAGCGGCGGCAAGCAGAACUUCCACUACUCGGCGGAGAACCUCGUGUCCUGCUGCCACAUCUGCGGGUUUGGGUGCAACGGUGGCUUCCCGGGCUCAGCGUUCAAGUACUGGGUGAUAACCGGGCUCGUGUCGGGAGGUGCCUUCAACUCCACACAGGGUUGCCAGCCGUACGAGAUCGCCCCAUGCGAACACCACGUCAAGGGGGCCCGACCCAAGUGCUCUGAGGGUGGCAAGACACCGCGCUGUGCCCACCACUGCGAGGACUCCUACUCCGUCCCUUACGAGAGCGACCUCCACCACGGGAGCAAGGCGUACAGCAUCCCCAAAGACCCCGAGCAGAUCAUGCAGGAGAUCAUGACCAACGGACCAGUCGAGGCCGCCUUCACUGUCUACGUGGACUUCCUGCACUACAAGUCUGGGGUGUACCAGCAUCGCCACGGCCUGCCUCUGGGGGGGCAUGCCAUUAGGGUCCUGGGCUGGGGCGAGGAGGAUGGCACCCCCUACUGGCUCUGCGCUAACUCCUGGAACACCGACUGGGGCGACAACGGCCUCUUCAAGAUUCUGCGAGGCUCCGACCACUGCGGCAUUGAGAGCGAGAUUGCCGCUGGUCUGCCCAAGAUAGCCUAAGGGGUCUGCAUUGGGGAGGGGGACAGGGAUGGGGGGGCUACCUAAACCACCCCGAGAGGCAUGUUAAGGAGUGUUGGCAUGUCUUAACAACCCUCCCACCUCCUGUCAUGGCAUUGAACCCUUUGUCUCAUCUAUAUUUUACUUGUAGCCAAUCUCCCUUCCCUUCUGUUAUGGGGUUGAGUUCCUUUGUUUCAUCUAUAUUCUGGUAAUACUCCCCUUCCUCCUCUUCUCUUAUGGGGUUGAAUUCCUUUGUUUCAUCUAUAUUCUGGUAACACUCCCCUUCCUCCUCUUCUCUUAUGGGGUUGAAUUCCUUUGUUUCAUCUCUAUUCUGGUAACACUCCCCCUCCUUUCUUUCUCUUAUGGGGUUGAAUUCCUGUGUCUAUAUAUUUUUCUUUUAAUACUCUUCCUUCUCUUCUUCGUCCUUCCCUUCUGUCAUGGGGUUGAAUUCCUUUGUAUCAGCUAUAUUCUGGUGACUCUUUCCCCCUCUUCCCUUCUCUUAUAGGGCCGAGGGUCAUAUUUUUAAACAUUUCAGUCCCCCAAGCUCACACAUUUAACAAGGCUUUCAUAGGAGUUUUAGGCAUUUCCAGAGGCACUUCUAUGACCCCGGUGGUAGUUUGACCCUCCAACUGAACCUCGAACGUGAAAAAACACUACAGUCAUCCCUCAAAUAGUUCUGUUUCGGUUUUACGUGGAUUUUCGUAGAAGAUUUUUUUAGGAUUUUUUAAUUUCACGAUGACCAGGAAAUUUAAAAGUCCUAAAAAGAUCUUCUAUGACAAUCCGUAUAAAACCGAAACUGAACUAUUGAAAACCGUACUAUUUGAGGGACAACUAUUGAAAACCGUACUAUUUGAGGGACAACUAUUGAAAACCGUACUAUUUGAGGGACAACUAUUGAAAACCGUACUAUUUGAGGGACAACUAUUGAAAACCGUACUAUUUGAGGGACAACUAUUGAAAACCGUACUAUUUGAGGGACAACUAUUGAAAACCGUACUUUUUGAGGGACAACUAUUGAAAACCGUACUAUUUGAGGGACAACUAUUGAAAACCGUACUAUUUGAGGGACAACUAUUGAAAACCGUACUAUUUGAGGGACAACUAUUGAAAACCGUACUAUUUGAGGGGCGACUAUUGAAAACCUGAUUAAUCUCCUGAUCGACCUUUGGAUAUAGUUAAUGUGAGGCGCCUGAGAACACCAAACUGACACUCAUAUUAUUAAACGUUCCAGUCUCUUUUUAUGACCUCUUCCGAAGGCCAGAGAGGGGAUAUGUCGGGUUGCCAUAUGUGUGUCCCGUUCACAGUGCAGAAGCCUCCCAAAACUACCGCCAGGCUCUUGAAACCACCCUCGGAAACCCUGACAACUUCUGCGAUAGCCUUGUGAAAUCGACGGACUGAGGUCUUGAGUUUGAUAUGGGCCUGGAGUCUUUGCUUCAUCUGUAUUUUUUUUUUAUUACAGUAAAGGAAACAGCUCAAGGGCAAAAGAAAGGGAAACAAUAUUGAAAACUAGCCCGGGUAAAGAGUACAGAGUUUGCUAGGCACUCGGAACUUAUGUGUGUCGUUCCGCAUCUGUUAUUUUUCAUAUAGUUUUUUUUUACUGUGUUAUUUACCAUCCCGUUAGUGUUUUGAUAAUGGUGUUUAUUUCAUGUUCUCCCCCUCCC